AUGUCAACAAUAUUGGACCUUAAAGUAAUUAAAGCAGAUGCGGCAUUGGCAAGAAAUGAUCCCAUAAAACUAUCAGAUAAUUCACAAUUCAUUAUAAAUUCAUAUGAUUCAUUACAUAUAAUUGAACCUCGUUUACCAUCAUAUCAUAAAGCAAUAGGUGAAACAACUACUUUCAAGUUUUUAAAUACGAAGGAACUUUAUUCGGUAAAUAGAUUAUUACACUCUGAAAGUAUAAAAAAUUUACCGGUUAAUAAGUUCAAUAAUGUUAUAUUUAAAGAUGGUGAUGAAUUUUUAAAUUUUACUGCUCAAAUUCCAAGUAUUGUUCAAAGUCAAUGGAGUCCUAUAAAUAUAAAUACAAGAGAUUGUUUGUUGGGAGUUCUAUUUAACUCGGGAGAAUUACUAGUUAUGGGAAGAGAAAGUCUUGAUUUUGGUGAUUACAAAGUUAGAAUUAAUGUGUUUGAAAGACUUAUUAAAUUGUACGAUGAAAUAAUUGAAUGUGAAGGUCAGUAUUACGUAUCUGCUGAAGUUUUUAAACAUUUGAAAUUAAAAUACUUUGCUUUCAAUAUGCUUGAUAAUAAGUUACAUUUAGCAAUUGUUGAUAUGACUAAUAGAAUAAUAAUAUUUGAUGAUAAAAUGAAUGUUUUUAAACAAAUUGAUUAUUCGAAGGAUAUUGCUAAAAUAAAAUGGGAAAAAGGAGUGUUUUUAAUUAUUGGUCAAGACAAUUCAUUAUCUGUUUUUAAUGAAGCAUUAGAACAGACUAAAGAACUUAUUGAAUCCGGUAGAUUUGUAAAUCAAAGAAAUGAGAUUAUUAAAGUUGGUGACAAAACGUAUUUGGUUAGUACAUUCACGUCUAAACUUGUCAUAUUUGAUGGCGAUGAAACAUUUGAAUAUAGCAUCAAAAAUUGGUACAGUAAUACGUCAAUAAUUUUGGGAAUUCAAGAGAAUUUACUCACCAUACUACUAUCGUAUGAAAAUGGAAUGUUUAAAACUUUACAAUUUGACUUGAUCACCAAAAAGUUUACACCAAUACCAAAUGAUAUUUCAAUGAGUCUAUUCACAGAAGGAGUUAUAAUGUCCUUUCAAAAUGCAACCGAGAGAGAAGAGUUAUCACUAGAGGAAAAUAUCAUCAUACAUGGAAUGAAUGCAAUUAGUGAUGAGAUUUUUGCAAUUACAUAUAAAGUAUUACCAAAAAAUUCAAUCCACUAUAGAUCAGAUGCUGAUCUCUCUGUUAAUGUUGCAUUUAUCAAAUUAUCUUCACCAAUAGGUAAGAUCAAAGUUGAUUCUGUUACAAAUACCUCAAUUUCAAAAUUAGUUACAUAUUAUCUACAUAAUUUCGAAAAGAUACCAGUUUUGAUAGAGGAUUUGUCGUCAUCAAAACAUGAAAUAUUUGAGUUUUUCUUAAAGAAUUUUCAAGAAUUUGUGAAUUUAAAUUUAAAGGAAUUACCACAAUUGAAUCGAAUCACUAUAGAUACAAGUUUAAAUUUGAAUCAAAUUUUAAUCGAGAACUUUUUGAAUCAAAAUCAAGUUAUUGAACUACAAUAUUUACAAACUUUUGCAACUUUAUUAUCAAAUACUUUAGAAGGUUAUAUUUCAACUUCUGAUGAUGCAAAAUCUUUAUAUGACAAAAUCAAACAAUAUAAAUUCGAUAUGAAAUCGAUUGUAACUCAAUAUUUAAAAAAUUUAUUACUAGAAGCUUAUAAUAAUAAAAUUAUAAAAGAUGAAGCGGAUAAAUUUUUUUUAAUUACAUCUUAUCAACAAUUAUCAUCAACAUCAGUUUAUUCAAAUAUACCUACACAAACAUCACUUACAAUAAAUGUUCACGAUUCAGAAGAAAAAUUUGAAAUUAACUCUUUAACAAAAUUGGAAAAUCAAUCACAACUAGAUGAAAAUACAAGAAUGAUAUCUUCUACUUCGAAUCAUAAAUGGAUAACUUGUAAUUUAACAAAUUAUCCAUUAACAAAAUUGAAUAAUAAAAUAGAUGAAUCAAAUCAAUUUAAAUAUCUAUCUUUUAAUACUGAGUUUAACGAUAAAACUGAAGAAGAAAAAGAUAAAAUGAUUAUUAAAGAAGUAUUUGAAAGUCUUGGAUUUUGUUAUAUAAGUGGGAAUAGAAUAUAUGAUGUUAGUUAG